CUCUUUUCCACCGACGUCACACACCUAAGAAACACGCGACAAAACGCAACCAGCUUACAAGCUGUGUGUGCGCGUCCUCACUUUUACGCUAUGGAGUCUAUAUCUCGAAUAUCUAAUCUACUAGAGAGCGCUCGGGAACUCACCCUCGAUGCGGCCCAAGCAGCCCGGAGCUCUCGCAGCACCACGCGAUCUCUACCAACGGCGCAACUUAAGAAGCUUCUCGACAGCCGGAAUGAUCGUGAGGUGCUCGACGGACUGCGGCGGGUUAUUUCUAUGAUGUAUCGCCAACAGAAAACGCUUCCGUUCUUCUCCUCCAUCGUAAAGAAUGUUGCGUCGCCGAACCUCGAAAUCAAGAAGCUUGUAUACAUAUAUCUUAUACACCAUGCCGAGCAAGAACCAGAUAUGGCCCUUUUAUCUAUUAAUACGAUCCAGAAGUCCCUUUCAGAUUCGAACCCCCAAGUCCGAGCCCUUGCGCUACGGACUAUGUCUGGCAUUCGAGUCCCAGUCAUCAGCCAGAUCGUAUCCUUAGCUAUCAAAAAGGGGACGGUCGACAUGUCUCCUCACGUGCGUAAGGCAGCUGCCCUCGCCAUACCGAAAUGCUACCGUCUAGAACCGAACACUCUACCCCAGCUCCUAGAAUACUUGACGACGCUCUUGGGCGACAAGCAGUAUUUCGUCGCGGGAGCCGCAGUUAGCGCUUACAUGGAGAUAUGUCCCGACAGGGUGGAUUUGAUCCACAAGCACUACAGGAGUCUUGUCAAGAAGAUUGUAGACAUGGACGAGUGGAGCCAACUGGCAGUACUGAGAAUGAUGUCUAUAUACGCGCGGAAGUGCUUCCCAAGGCGGACGAGGAUUGUUAAGUCACAAGAAAAAGCGGCCGAUCUCCAAUACUUCUACGGGGAGAGCGAAUCAGAGCCCGCCUCGGAAGGAGAACGGGUAGUCAUUCUCGAUCCGGAUCUCGUCCUGCUACUCAACGGGAUUAAGCCACUUCUACAAAGUAGAAAUUCAGGUGUGGUAGUAGCUGUGGCUCGCUGUUACGCAGACUUAGGGACACCCGAAUAUACUAAAGCCGCUGUCGGUCCUUUAGUUGCGCUUUUGCGGGGAGCACAGGACAUCCAACAAGUCGCUCUGUAUAACAUCGUAUCUGUUUGCCUUGCAUAUCCGGAGUCGUUCGUCAAAUACGCUUCUCACUUCCUCGUCCGCGCCACCGACACAGCUCCAGUAUGGGAGCUAAAGCUCGAGGUUCUCACACUAAUCUUUCCCCACAGUCCCUUGCAAACGAAGAGUCUCAUCCUUAAUGAGCUCGAGCAUUUCUCUCGCGGGACGAAUAAGUCGCUUGUCCGCGAAGCAGUGCGAGCUAUUGGACGAUGUGCGCAAGCGGACCCAGCGACCGCGUCCCGAUGUAUGCGGCUUCUGUUAGGGCAAAUAACGAGUCUUGACGGCACUUUAGCUGCUGAAUCUCUAACGGUAAUCCGUCACCUUAUCCAACAAGAGCCUCAAGCGCAUGUAGGAACUGUUGUGCGCUUGGCGAAGAAUCUCGAUUCUGCGACCGACCCGCAAGCCCGCGCGACAAUCAUCUGGCUCGUGGGCGAAUUUUCUGGUCUGAAUGGUGAGGACAACAUCGCGGCCGAUGUGCUUCGAAUACUCCUGAAAGAAUUUGCAGAAGAGUCCGAAAUUGCCAAGCGGCAGAUUGUCCUUCUCGCAGCCAAAGUUUACCUGCACCACCUCAACCGAACAGCGGAGGCACAAAAGUUAAACGAGGGGAACAAUGAACCCCCGCCGAACUCAGAAGAGCAUCCUAUUGUCCGCUUGUGGAAUUACGUUCUCCUACUCGUUCGUUACGAUACGUCGUAUGACUUGCGCGACCGCACGCGCUUAUACAAAGCUUUGUUAAGCGUGCCCCAACUAGCGACGCUCAUGCUACUCGCGCCUAAGCCCGCGCCUCACGCGCCCAGCCCCUCCGAAACAAGGAAGGGGUUCCUGCUAGGAUCAUCGGCAUUAGUACUCGCCGGCGGCGGAGGCGUGCAUGGGCUGCGCGGAUACGAACCCCUGCCGGACUGGGUCGAGGAGGGCAGGGAGCCGGACCCGAAGCUCCGGGCGCAGGACGGAGUUCCGAACGAAUACGGCGAGGAGAAGAGAGCUAUUCCGGCGGCGCGGAUGCUUGGCGACACUUCGGCGGGGGCACAGGGAGGUAGGAGUAAUGGGCUCUCGGCUUCGGCGGGGGCGGGGACGGGGGCUAAGACUUUGGACGAUUGGCUUGCCGAAGACGAGGAGGAAGAUGAAAUAGGAGAUGAAGGCGAGGAGGAGGAGGAGAGUGACGAAGAAGAGGAAGAAGACGAGGAGGAGGAGGAAUCAGAGGAGUCUGAAGAGGGAGAUGAAGAAUUGGACAACUCCAAAGCUGAGCUUGAAGGGUUCCUUAAUGGGUAACAUUAAACUUGCUCACUUGCUUACUUACCUAGGUACCUGCCUUUUCCUCUUUUGCAUAUCGAGCAGGGCUUCCGCGAAUAGAAAUGAAUGCAUAGGCGCGGAAGAGCGUUAGGACCGGCCCGUAUAGAAGAAAUACAUACCUAGGCGUUGCUAGAUCGUGGUUCCACUAGCUAUUGGCUUACAUUAGGCACCUAGGUAGUAGAAAGACUAAUGAAAUAAAGAUCGUCUAACAUG